UGGCGGCCGCCGGGCCCCGGCCCUGCCCGCUCCGGGGCGGUGCCGAGGGCGGUGCUGGAGCCUCAGCGGCGCGGGAAGAGCGGAGCCGAGGUUGUGGCGACUGGGACAUCGCCAUCAGGAGCCCAUCGGAGAGGAGCCAUGUCUACACGCAACCUCUUCACCCUCGUCCUGGUGGUGCAACCGUCUCGCAUCCUCCUGGGCAUGAAGAAACGCGGGUUCGGAGCCGGGCUCUGGAAUGGUUUUGGGGGAAAGGUGCAGACAGGAGAGAGCAUCGAGGAGGCUGCUCACAGGGAACUCAAGGAAGAGAGCGGACUAACAGUGGACACCUUGCAGAAGAUGGGCCAGAUCACAUUUGAAUUUGUAGGCAGCCCUGAACUCCUGGAAGUUCACGUUUUCCGGGCAGAUCAUUUUAACGGCGAGCCAGAAGAAAGUGAUGAAAUGCGGCCUCAGUGGUUUCAGCUGGAUGAGGUGCCAUUCAGUCAGAUGUGGCCAGAUGAUAUCUAUUGGUUUCCCCUGCUGCUUCAGAAAAAGAAGUUUCGUGGCUAUUUUAAGUUCCAAGGACAAGACACUAUCUUGGAGCACACCCUGGAAGAAGUGGAGGAAAUUUAAGAAGAAAACAGAAGCAUUCAUCCCACACGAUGCCUACAGUGAGCUAGAACGCCAUGAGUACUUCCAGGGGUCUCCUUUCUCAGCUCCCCAGCAGAGAUUUAUCUGCCGGGUCACCGGGAAGUAAAGAAAAUAAGGGCAUUUCUUAAAGUAGAUAUAGAUGAAAGGAGACUUUCCAUGCUGUGAAGUCCCUGGCUGUAGCAUGGUUUAGUGGUUACUUGAUGACAACUCUGAAGAAUGUGCAGUUAACCCUUGUUUCUCAGGUGGUUAAUGUGGUAGGCUUUUCCAUCAUAGCUGUAACUCUUUUUUAAAAAGAUUAAAAAUAUUUUUCAGUAAAAUAAU